GCUGCCAUAUUGGCGAGGAAAAUGCUAAGGAGCGCCUCUUAUGUUUACAGAAAAACAUUACGAAUUUACGUCGUUCAUCGAAGUAAAUCGAGUCUUGAAAUAUUUCAUUGUAUAACUAUAAUAUCACGGAAGUAGAUUGAGGAUUAAUCAUGAGUUCUUCUGACAGCAAACGCUCCAAAAGACGGAGAAAUAAACGAGGUGGUGGGAAUAGUCGUCCAGCACCUGCUACUGCUAGCAGCGGCAAUGCUAACAACACACAGACUGCUAAUGCGAAGGCAGAUGGGCAGGUACUAACUACCAUACCAGUUCCCAGUUCAUUGACAGAUUUGGACUUAGAUAACAUUCCACAGCCGAUGAGCCAGAUGCCUCGCAGUCACAACCCCUACCUGGACAGAGAGCAUUGCCUGCUAUGUCGCCGUGAGAGGCCAGACCCUCCAGCUAAUCGCAUCCCCCCUGGGGUCGGAGGAAGUGAGAAGGAAAACAACAGGCAGUUACCCAUUACACAGAUGCCCCUUUGGUUGUGUCCCGACUGCCGUCGUACUGUAGAGGAGGAAGAGGCUCAUUCCACCAAAAACUUUGGUCCAUCAGCCAUUGGGGAGUUGUUUCUACCUUCAGCGCCAGCCCUCAUCACCGGUCUCCAGAACCUGGACGGAGCAUUCAGCUCGUCCCCUGGGGGGAUGGGAGGAGACUCCUCAUCCGUGGUAACCAGUACCAGUGGAGGCAAGGGAGGAGGAGGGGUUGGAGGAGGGAGCGGAGACGGGCCGUGCCAGUGCGAGCCGUGUAGGGAGAGGAGGGAGAUAGCAGCUGAGCAGGAGCAUUCUCGACAGCAGCUGGGGGAGUGCUGGACGGAGCUCAGUCACCUGGUACGCUGUGUCUACUGGGAGGCGGGGACCUCCCUAACAGGUGAGGAGAGCACAACCAAGCUGAGUCUGCCGCGCAUGAAGGAACUCGUCCAUCGUCUCUGCGCCCACGACCCCCAUCUACUCUACACGAGGCUGGAGGCGGAGGUGGAGGACUUCAUCAAGGAGAUGAGGGAGAGGCUACUCAAGCAGCUAGACGGGGGCUUUAGGACCCCACCCCUUGCCAAGCAGUUCAUCACCAUGCUCCUGGAGGAGUACGCGGCGCUAUGUUCGGCAGCUCAGACGCUCCUCGCUAUCUUAGAAGAGUUGGAGAAGGAGCACCUGCACAAGUUCAACCUAACGUGGCCGCUGCACAACAAACACCUGUUUCACUCCCUGAUCUACAUGGAGCCGGGUCUUCAUGAUAAUCUGGGCACACUCAUCAAGCAGCUUAGGGCCGUCGCAAGUCAGAAGGAACCUUACCACGAAGAGAGCUACUCUAAUCUACUGCAGAGAUAUCUACAGUUUGACAAUGACAUGUCAGUGGUAGCAGUGGUAUGGAGAGAUUGCCUGCAGCUUAUAGAAGACUAUACAGAUGAACAGGAGUUGUACAAAGGGAAGGAAGCCCUCAACCGCUCAUGGGAUACGGGUGUCACGACGACGAGGCCACGCCCACUAUCCUGCGAGGCCACCAAAUCGACCAAUAACAGGAAUCUGUUCCAGUGCCACUCAGCAUUGAUAAAUCACAUGGCGAAUGGAGGAGGGAAUCAGGAGAAUAAUACCAACCACAGAGGCUCCACUAAGAAAAAGUGCCUGUGUGAUGACUGCAGUCUAAACAGACUGACCUCCAGCCUCUUGACCCCUGACCUCUACGAAGAGAUUGGUCUAAAGCUGAACGAGGCAGCGCCCGGGGGUCAGCUGUCAGCCCUGGAUACCUACCUUCAGUCCAUCAAUCCGCCUGACCUGUCUUCCACCACCUCCUCAUCGGAUUGCUCUUCCCAAGGCGACAGUGAAGACGUCAUCCCUAUCUUCUCUCGUAGUGAUCUCAUUCACUCCGGCUUCUGUUCUCCAAGAAGCGAUGACUCUGACGACUCGGACGACCUAGACUCUGAGUCGUCGCCUUCACCGUCCCAUGAGAAUGCCUUUGAAGAUGAAGAUGACGACGGAGAAGCUAGACCGAAUGAGAACUCUUCAAGGAGGGGCAGGGCGAGGUGUAGAGCAUCUUACUCUGGUGGUGGGGACAGACAGAGCAAUGGUGGUGGUGAUGUCAAAAAGGAUUCCAAUAUUUCCAGUAGUCAGCCAUGCGAGUGUCAUGUAUGUGCUGCCAACAGUCCACACCUUCCUGCUGCUGCCAUGAUGGCGGGCAAUGUCGGGGACACCAAACCCUCGUACCUCUUCUACCCCAACCUCCAGACCCACCAACCACUAGACCUCAGCCACCCAGGCAUCUCGGCCAAACACCCUCUCAUCCACCCCCAUCUCUACAACCUGACCUCUCAGAAACCCAACAAGAUCCCCAACCACUCCCAACAAGCAUUCCAGCUCAACCUCGACGCAUCCGACGGGCUUCAGAACUACGGCGACUGGAACAGUGCCUACGAGAGCGCCAAGAUGGUACUUCACACGCAUUCUCACUCUCACUCUCACUACGGGCACGACGAGGCGCCAGACCUCAUCCAGAGCGCCAAAGCGGCGAUCCAGUCCAACUGCCGCGCGGAAAAGAGCGAGAACCGUUCAGCUAAGAUAGUACCAGUACACCAGGGGCAUCACAACUCUGAAGGGAAGACGACCAAGGAAGAGAAAGGGAAGAAGCAUAGCCAUGACGGCUCUGGGUCAAUCAGCAAUGGCAUCAGCGAAUGGACCAAGCAACAGAGACUAGGGCAACACCUCCACAAUGACAAGGGCAAGAACUCUAGUCUAGUCGCCCAGGAGCUGUGUGCCAAGCACAAUUUCCCGACAGUACCGAAGCUUCCCAACAACAAUAUGUUCAUCUCCCCAGCCCUUCUCCAGGGUACCGAUGCAACGAGCGGAGCGGUGACCCAGGAGAGUCUGGCGCAGUUCAGCUCCGGGGUUCUAACCCAGCAGGCUCUUAUGACCCAGGGCAUGCUGGCUGCUCAAGGGGCAGGGCUGCAGCUGCAGAAUGCAGGCAUUCAUGUGGCUGAUGUGCACCAUCUCCAACAGCAGCAGCAGCAGCAGCAUGUGCCAAGUGAUGGCAAGAAGAAGAAGAAGAGUCAAGGUUGUGGGGAAGAGACGUUACCUACUGAACCUACAGUCCGACUACCUGAUUACCUGAACGAGCAGCACCUGCACGCCUGCUCACAUCAGAACCAAAUCUCCCAUCCAUCCGGUGUCUUGGGCGGCAAUGCUGGCUUGUGUAAUAGCUCCAUGCAGACUACGGCUAGUACCCCAACCUCGGCUAGUGUGUGCAGUAGUGAGCCAGACUACGAAACACCCAACUACCAACAUGACGAUGACACGCCCAGUAACUAUGACGACAAGGACUCCAACGCAUCCAGCACUACGAGGGAGAGGGAGUCUAAACAUUGUGAAUGCUGCUAUUGUGAAUUCUUCGGUCAGGGGCCUCAACCUGCCCCAACGAGUCGAAACUACACAGAAAUCAGAGACAGACUGCGACUAAGACUAAGAGAGCGAAAGCCCAAAGACCAUUCGCCUUCCCAUGAGCCGCCAAUCCAACCUCCCAAUGACCUGCUACAUGCGGACGAGCGCAAGGUAGAGGACCUACUCUCCUUCAUAGAGGGCGCUAAGAAGACCAAGAGCAGCUCCAAGGCAGCUAAACGGCAGCGGCAGAGACAGAAAAAGGCUGAGCAGAAAUCCAAGAGUGUGCCUGAUAACGGUCACAAGAAAGACAUCCAUGUCCCUGUAUUUUCUCACCAUCACUUCCAUCACCACCACCACCAUCAUAUGGAGCUUACCAGAGAGAAGCAACUUGAGGCAGCAUCACAACACAACACCCACUGCAAGGCACAACCUUCCCAUCCAACCAAACAACUACAUCAGGCACCUGCCAAGCAACAAUCCCAGUCUCGAGAAACCCAGCAGUCAGAAUCUAAAUCCGUACCCACAUCCAAGGGUCAACCCAGACCACAAUUGGACCAAAACGCCAGCUUGGUAGCUUCUCAACCUUCGUCCAUGCCGAUGACCUCUUCUUCUUCACCAUCAUCAUCGGAGCUGUCCAAGCAAGCUUCCUCAAACUCCCGAGCAGUGCCCAUGGUCACUUCUCAGGAGAUCGUCCCCAAAGAUGACAGUACCAGCAAGAAGGGCAAAAGCUCUGGAGCAACCCAACCGCAAGUCCAGGCUAAUGCACUGUCAUCGAACGCUGGUAAUAAGAGCGUAGAGAGUAAGGCCAAAGGUAAACAGAAUGGAGCUGGGAAGCAAGGCCCAUCGUUGGCUCAUCCUGCGGAGGCUAGCACAGAGGGCAGAGGAAAGGCAGAUCAGGAUACAGGGAAAUCCGCCAAUAGACGUGAUCAGGGAGCCAGCAAUAAGACAGGCAGCCAAUCAUCACAGCAGAGACUCACCCAGAACCAGAAGCAACAGCAGCAGCAGCAACAGAAGACUGACAAGAUGUCUAGACAUGACACCACUAAUGCAUGGAAGACACCUACUACAGGAGGACAGGAGAGGUUACUCAAUGGCAAUGCUAGUGACAGCAGCAGUGGCAGUAGCAGCAGGUCUAACAGUGUUGGCAACAAGAGCAUCAACAGCAGGACCAAGCAAGUUGGGGCAGCUUCUACCAACAUUGAUGAUCCCCAUUUGAAGAAGCAGGCUACUCUCAAGCCCUCACAGGGUACAGCGAUGUCGGCAGCAGCAGCAGCACAGGGUAAUCCAAAGGCCACUGCCACCAUCCACACCAAGAAGGCCAACCAGACUUCCAGCAGCCUCAAGGAACAGCUUCCACAGAAGAUGGACGAGACAGCCACUGCCAGACUCGCCAGCAAGCGAUCAGAGACUAAUCACAAAAUGGACACCAGGACGUCACAUAAUGGGGGUGGCCAUGAGCAGAUGACGAAUGGAUUGGCUCUGUCCAAUGGAAGUAGCACCACUAACAAGAGGCGCAAGAAAAAGAAGAACUCUGACAAUCCAAAUGCAUCCAUUGAUGAGAUAUUCCUCCCCAAGGAGAAUGUUGACGUGAAUGAAAUGGACGAGACUGAGAGAGAGCUGGAAGCCUUCAAAAGGUUCUGCAUGGCCUCCACUCCCCAGGAGAAGAAGGAGAAGGUGGUCUUUAACGUCAAGGACCUGUCCCUCAAGAAGAGCAGCCUUCAGGCCCACUAAGAGAAGAGACCAGAACCAUCAUUCCAUACAUUUACCAACUAGACCAAGACAAUAGGCCCAAAGCAACAUGUUCACUUCUAUCAACCAAGAUGCCAAGAUAUUCUGCACUUGCGAUAUGGCCCAAAGACUCGAAGAGUGCGACCCCAACGAACUGUCACCAACUAGACCAAAACAAUGGACCCAAACCAAAAUGUUCACUUCUAUCAACCAAGAUCUUGCACCGAUGCUAGAUAUUUCACACUAUUGAUAUGGCCCUAAGACUUGAAGAAUGCAUCCAACUAGACCAAGACAGCAGGCCCAGAGCACAUUCAUCCCUUCUAUUCGGGAAUGGUUCCAAGAUUUAGAUAGCACUGAUGCCAGUAAUCUUCAGCACUAUUGAUAUGGCCCCCAAGACUGGAAGAAUGCACCAACAUACAGUCACCAACAUAC